AUGCCCUUAGCGCCCGAAAUUCAACAAUUCAUUCUUGGCUUCAAAGCCCAGUGGGAUGGGUCAGUGAACUCAGCUUGCCAGGACUUUUUUGAAGCCCGUCAUGCGUCUCUUGAGUCCGCCAAUCCAAAUCCUUCAAUUCAAUGCGAAAAUAAUGUGAAGUACGGCCCAGAUCCACGGCAUCGCCUGGAUGUAUUCUGGCCAGCAGAUGCCGCCUCAACGGACGCUACUCUCCCGGUUGUCGUCUACUUUCACGGCGGUGCAUUCAAGCUCGGAGACAACACCAUCACUCCGCACAUGCACGCAAAUAUUGGCCGAUUCUUCGCAUCAAAGGGUAUGGUCGGCGUCUUGGGUACCUAUCGUCUACUGCCAGAAGCUCGAUUCCCAGAUGGACGGGAAGAUAUCGCUUCUGCUCUCUCGUGGCUACAUAGCAAUGUGCACCAGUAUGGAGGCAGCCGAAACGCCAUCUUCGCGCUCGGUCAAAGCGCCGGUGGAGGCCAUCUGGCCAUGUCACUUUAUUCGGGGAGACUGAAGACGAACGAAGAGCAGGGUCUGGUGCGCGGCGUGUUGCUCCUGAGCGCGGCGUUGAAGUAUGAUCUAUCCAAGAAGGGUCGGCGCGAGAGCAUGGAACAGUACUAUGCAACGACUGAUCACGCUAUUAUUCAUUCCCGAUCGGCGUAUGGCAUCUUUCACUCUUUGCCGCCCGUUGAAGAUGCAGAUGUGGUUGCUGUGCCGACACCCGAACUCUUUUUGAUGCUAGCGGAAUGGGAUUUCGAGGAGUGUGUACGAGGAAAUUUGGACUUUGUAAGGCUCUAUGCUGAGCGUCGCGGCCACCUUCCUCGAUUUGAGGUGUUGCCUGGCCAUAAUCAUGUUAGUUAUGCAUUGUCUAUCGGCUUGCCAGGAGACGAAGUUGGACCGAAGAUUGCGGACUGGGUGAUGCGGUGCUCUGAGGGGGCCUGA